GAUCAGUUAAAGAUCCCCAGAUCCUUAAGAGCGAGUUAUGCGCAUUGCGACUGAGUCGAGUUUGCCUGCGAAAUUAACGGCAGCUGGAUUGUGCAGGCGUGCUGUUGGCUAUAGACAGCUUGCGUUUUGCUAUUUAAAUAUUAUCUUUUUUUGUUUAUUUUUACGUGCAGGUUCUGCUAAAAUGCCAGUAGACAUUGAUAAGUGGAGCGGAGACUUGGCCCUGGACGAGGUCGAGGAGAAACCAGCCCACCCUCUGACGGUGAAAUAUGAGUCGGUGGAGAUAGACGAGCUGGGGAAGGUGCUUGCACCCACGCAGGUGCAGAAUCGACCCACCAGCAUUGCUUGGGACGGGUGCAGUGACAUCAAGCUGUACACUCUCGCCCUGACGGAUCCCGAUGCACCCAGCAGGAAGAAUCCAAAGUUCAGGGAGUGGCACCAUUUCCUUGUUGUUAACAUGAAGGGUAAUGACAUCAGCAGCGGGCAUGUCAUGUCAGACUACGUGGGCUCUGGCCCUCCCAAAGGAACCGGUCUGCAUCGUUACGUGUGGCUGGUGUACGAGCAGCCAGGGAAGCUCUCCUGUGACGAAGCUGUUCUGACCAACCGUUCUGGAGACGGCCGCGGGAAGUUCAAGGUCGCCGCGUUCCGCACGAAGUACAAGCUGGGCUCUCCGGUGGCUGGCUCGUGCUAUCAGGCCGAGUGGGACGAUUACGUGCCUAAACUCUACGAGCAACUGUCUGGAAAGUGAAAAUAAGAAACACACAGAACUGCACGCGGGGGGAGAAGUUCUGAUAACUGACAAAAAGCUAGCUGUGCUUGUUGCUUUGCUUAGAGUCCCUCCUGGGUUUUUUUUUUUUUUGUUUCAUUAAGUACAGCUGGCCUUAGUAGGUUCACUACACAAACUAUAGCGAAAACUGCUCGUUGUUUUUGGUUGCCUGUAAUAAAAUGGGAGUUACUGAUUUAUUUUUUUUGUCAGCAAUAACAAUAUGAAUGUUAAACUGUGAGGAGGAUUGUAAUAACUCUUGAAAGUGUGCCUUGUCCCCCAAUAAAGCUGUAAGCUAUUGGUUCUGUGAAA